UUUAGUCCCAAACAAUAGUCCACACUAUUUUCGAACGUCCUACAGCACUACAAGCUUGCAUACAUUUGCAUUUCACAUCGAAUAAAAGUUUAAGUUUCUAUUUCGAGUGUUUGCAUUAAGCGUUAUACAAAAAAUCCACAAGCUACUAAAUUGAAGAUAUCGAUCAAGUCCAUUUGACUCGCUGCAACGCAAUGUCGAGUGGCAAUGCAGCACCAACAGACGAGCUAAUCGAGCGCGUGGUGGAAGUUACUGCCUGCACUGCGGAGGAGGCCAAACACUAUCUUGGCGCCUGUGCCAACGAUGUGGCGGCAGCCGUUGCCUUGUUUUUCGAACAAGGUGGCAACAGUGCCGGCAAUGGCGCCUCAACAUCCUCGUCUACAGCAGCCGUUGCAGAUGAGGAGGAGGUGCGAGCACCCAUUGCGCCAGUCCGGGAACAACUGCUUCUACCGGAGGAUGAUAAUUUUUUUGCGUCUGGCAGCAGUAAUAACAGUCGGUUGUCUCGCGUGUCGCAGCGCGUUAAGGUUUGCCCACUGCGUGACUUUGCACGCGAGGGCGCCCUAAUGGAGGAACAGCUUCAAGCCACAGGCGUUUACUCCGAUCCGAGCACACAUCGUCGACGCCGUGAGCGUUCUGCCCAAAUGGUUGUGGCCGGGCAGGCCAUGUCGUUACAAGGCCGCUCAAGCGGCAGCACUUCAUCCCGCCUUGGUGAUCUCUUCCGCCCGCCCACGGAUCUUAUAUAUUCUGGUUCGCUGGCAGCGGCUCGUGAAUUUGCCAGCAAACGCGAGCGUUGGCUUCUUGUCAAUGUUCAAGGCGACAAUUUUCAGUCGCAGACAAUGAAUCGCGAUGUGUGGAGCAUCAAGGACCUAAAGCAACUGGUGCGACGUCAGUUUGUGCUCUGGCAAGUGGAUAACGAUAGCUCAGAAGGUCGACGAUUCGUGGCCUUUUAUCACUGUGCCAAGCUGCCCUAUUUGUGUGUUAUAGAUCCACGCACGGGUGAAGAGGUCUGGCGCAGUCCAGAGCCCAAUCAGGAUAAUGUACUACCGGAUUUGCGACAAUUUCUGCGCGAUCAUCGUGGCUUUUCUCUUGAAGAGGCAAGCUCCUCGAAACGCACAUCUAUUCAAAUCGAUGACGACGAUGAUCAGGAAGAUGUUGCAUCAUGCUCUUCUUCAACCACUGGCAUUCCCAAGAAACGAGCCAAAUUGUUGGAACUUAGCGAGGAAGAGCAAUUGGCCCUGGCCAUCAAGAACUCCAUGAAUGAAAAUGGCGGAGGUGCAGAAACCACAAAGGCGACCAACAAUGUCAAUGCCAAUACCAGUGACUGCGAGAGCCUAGAGGAGUUUGACGAGGACGAGCUUAAAGGCGCUGCUAUCUCCUAUGAAGCUCAACUGGGUUCUCAGACAGACGAACUAACUGCAUUAAAGUUGCGUCUGUUCGACGCCGCUGGCAGCGACGAGGUCAUUCAAUUGCGGUGGCCGUCUGAUACCAAGUUAAAAACUCUACGUCUUUAUAUACGACAAACGCACAAGCACAUACCAUUGGAGGGCUACAAGUUGAUCUGUGCCUUUCCGCGCAAGUCUCUCGAAACGGAGCAUAAUGAAGCCACGCUGAAGGAACUUGGCUUGCAUCCCUCCGCAAAUGUGCAUCUCACGCUGGACGAGUAACUGUUUAUAUCAGCGCUUUGCUAUAAUAUUUAUUUCACGUUAUUUGUCUUAUCCUUCUACUCUACACAUGAAUUAAAUAUCUAUAUACAUAAUAAAAAAAAUUGAAUUAAUUCGAACU